AUGGCGGCCUCUGGCUUGCCGCCCAUGGCAGCCCCGGCUCGGUCCUUUGCAGAUUUAAUCUCAGCAACGCCACAACCUUUACCAGAGAUGGAGGUUUCGUUCCGUCAGCCAAAGAUUAUCGAUGGUGAACUGGUGUUUUCGUUCUCUACAGAGGAGAUUGCAAAAUUGGCUCAGCCUUUCCGUUAUUCCAUUGUUCUGAAAUUCAUCAGGCAGCGACCCUCCUUAGAUGCGGUUAGAUCCUUCAUUCGAACACGCUGGGGGCUGUCUAGUAUGCCCAUGGUGUCUGCUAUGCAGCGUCCUCGUAAUGUAUUCGUGCGGAUGGCUAACGAAAUGGACUUCAACAAGGCCUUAUCCAGAGAAUCAUGUGAGGUAAACGGUGUCUUCUACAGACCAUUCGCAUGGACGCCUGAAUUUGAUGAAAACCAUGAACCACCGUGUGUUCCUGUAUGGGUAUUUUUACCCGGACUUCCACCCAAUUUCUUUCAACCUUCAGUCUUAAAAAUGCUCACAGCUCCUAUAGGACGUCUCAUCAGAUGUGAUAAUUCUACGAUUUGCGCGACUCGCACAGAUGGGGCGAGAGUUUGUGUCGAGGUUGACUCGUCUAAGACUCCGAUCUCUUCAUUCUGGAUAGGCAAACCAGGGGUACCCAAAAGUAGGCGGCAAGAGAUAGUGUAUGAGACGCUGCCUGCUUACUGCUCUUUGUGUAAAUGCCAGGGACACAAUUCUCGCACAUGCCGCAAGGGAGAUGAUAAGAAGAAGACAGCUAAGAGUGAAUUGAAGUGGGUUAAGCAAGUGUCAAAGCCUUCGGAGGAAAGGGUUGAUAUGGCUGAAGCAAAAAAUUCGGUUCAGCAGGAGAUCGUGAAUGAGAAACAGGAAGAUGUGGUCCAACUACUAGAUGAGGAAGGGGCUGAGAAAUUGGUCGAGUGUAAUGAGGCAGUUGCAGAGAAGAAUCAUUCGGAAGAGGAGCUCGGUUUGGGCCUUGCUGUGAAUUCGUUGGGGCUGAGGGAGGUUAUCCCACAAAACCAUCCAUCUGCUUUGGAUAAAGGUGAACCGAAUUCCUUCAAUGGGCCUAUGGGGAAUAACCGACAGAGUGAAUUGGCCAUAGUGCCGUGUGUUGUGCAUCUGGGCUUGGAAGCUUCGGGUCACAAGGGGCCUAAGGUGCCUUCUUUGGUGAUGGUUACGGACUUAGAUGUGGAUGGGGCUAGCUUGGAUGAAGAGUUGAACCUUUUGGCAAGUGAGGGUGAUGUUGCUGCUGUGUCAUCUCAAGGCUGUGAGGUUGCGGGGGAAAAUGUGCAGGCUGAUGAAAUUCAUUCCGAUUAUGAAGGUGAGCGAGAUAAUCUGAAAGAGGAUUCACGAAAAGAUUAUUGCACCGAUUCGGAAGGAACGACCAAAUUUGUUGGUUCGAAUCAAUUUGUUUCAGUGAAAGUUGAAGAGAAGGGGUUCGCCUUCAUUCUUACUAUUGUCUAUGCUAAAUGCAACCCAGUCGAGCGUAAAAAACUUUGGGAAGACCUUAUAGCUCUCAGAAAUGGAAAUCUUCCGUGCGCUGAUGACGUGGUGCAACGGACAAAGAGGCUUGGCUCGGAGUUGGGCAAGGUUUUGCCUCGUACUACGUCGGAUCACUCUCCUUUAGUGAUUCAAACUGGUGAUGACCCAUUCAGGUAUGGGCCUAGACCUUUUCGUUUUCAAUUUAUGUGGACUGAUCAUGUUGAUUUUUUGAGCUUUGUCAAAGGGAUAUGGAAUCAACCUGGAGUUGGCUAUGGGCUGCUUAAGCUUUCUUUUAAGCUCAAACGGCUGAAGGUGGCUCUUAGGGAGUGGAAUCUGCGUAUCUUUGGGAGGACAAAUGUGAUUAUUCAUGAGUUAGAAAUUCGUAUUGAGAGCUUGGAGAAUAGCCUUCAAAAUUCUUUUUCUUCUGCGGAUGAUCAUGAUCUUAUGGAUGCAAAUCUAGAGCUCUCAACUUGGAAGGGUCGUGAAGACACUAGACUUUCUCAUAUGACUAAGAAAAGUUGGCUUCAAGAUGGUGACCAAAAUUCCAAAUUCUUCCAUGCUUAUUUGAAUGCCAAGAAUAGUAAAAGGAUCAAUGACAUGCAUCUUCCGGACGGUACGUUUCUUAAUAAUCCUCUUGAUAUUCAUAAGGCUGCCGUGGUUUAUUUUCAGCAGUUCUUGAGUGAGAGUAGUGAUUGUGAUUGUCCCAUCUUAGGGGAUCUGAUUUCCCCGGUGAUUAGUGAGGAGGAUAAUUUGAUGUUAUGUCGUACUCCGUCUUUUGAUGAUAUUAAGGAAGCUCUGUUUAGCAUCCCUAUUGAUAGUAGUCCUGGUCCGGACGGUUUUAGCUCUGGUUUCUUCAGAUGUUGCUGGGAUAUUAUUAAAGAGGAUUUAAUGGAAGCUGUUUCUGAGUUUUUUCAAAAACAUUUGCUUCCCCGUUAUUACACGGCGUCUUUUAUUGUGUUAAUUCCUAAGGUUGAUUCGCCUAAUGGAUUUGAUAAGUUUAGGCCUAUUAGUCUGUGUUCUGUGGUUUAUAAGAUUUGUGCGAAGAUCAUUGUGGGUCGUCUGACGAAGUUGCUUUCUAAGAUGAUUUCUAAUGAACAGGGGGCCUUUAUCCCGGGUCGUAGUAUAUUUGAGAAUAUUAGUAUCACCCAGGAAAUGGUACAUUCGAUUAAUAAAAAGACUAAUGGGGGUAAUGUUUUGGUCAAGUUGGAUAUGUCUAAGGCUUAUGAUAGAGUGAAUUGGAAUUCUCUCAUUCAUGUUUUGGUUGCUUUUGGUUUUUCUCCUCAGUUCUGCGCCCUGAUUAAGUUAUGCAUCUCUUCUCCCUGGUACUCUAUUAUGAUGAAUGGUACUUCUAUGGGAUUUUUUAAAGGUGAGCGUGGUUUGAGGCAAGGUGAUCCGCUUUCGCCCUAUCUCUUUGUCAUUAUGCAAGAGGUCUUAUCUCGUAUGUUGAAGAAAGCUUUUGAUAUUGGUAAAAUUGGUCGGUUUACUCAAGCUAGAGGUUUGAUGGAGGUUUUACAUCUUUACGAGCUUUGGACGGGUCAGAUCCUUAACAAAAGUAAGAGUGCUAUCUUUUUCUCUAAUAAGAUCCCUGCUCACAGAAAGUCCUCCCUUCUUCACUUGACUGGUUUCUCUGAAGGGUCUUUCCCUUUUAAAUAUUUGGGGGUUCCUAUUGUGGUGGGUCGUCUGAAGGUCUGUGAUUUUGGUGAAUUGAUUGGGAAAGUUAGUAAGAAGAUUGCUGGGUGGAAGAUGAAAUUGCUUUCAGCUGGUGGUCGUGUGAUUCUUUUACGCCAUGUUUUGUCGAGCAUGGCCACACACCUUCUAGCGGUUUUACCUGUUCCUAAUGGGGUGUUUAAGGUUUUGAAUAGGAUUAUGAGUUCCUUUUUCUGGGGAAACUCUGAUGGGAGAGGUAAACGGAAGUGGGUGGCCUGGAAAAAUAUCUGUUAUCCUACUGAGGAAGGUGGCUUGGGUAUUCGGGAUUUUGGGGAUGUUCAGAGGGCUCUUCAUAUGAAAUUUGCUUGGCACCUUCUGAGGGGUCAGUCCUUAUGGGCUGAUUUUUUUAAAGGUAAGUAUGUCAAAGGUAUUCAUUUAUCCCUUUUGAGUCCUAACAAGGGUACUCUUUUUUGGAAAGCUAUUGUGCGUUGUAUUCCGGAGGUCCUUAAUCAAUCUAAGUGGUUGGUGAAAGAGGGUAAUGUUUCUUUCUGGCAUGAUAAUUGGUUGGAUGGGGGUCCUAUUAGUGCUCUUUAUCCAGUUAUUGAGAGACCUUCGCUUAAAAUCAAAGAUUGUCGGAUUGACAAUGGGUGGGAUAUUCCUCUCCUGGAAAGAGCUGUGGGUCAACAAAAAGCCUUGGAGUUGUACCAUUUUUUAGCCACGAGGAAGGAUGGUCAAGAUGUCCUUAUAUGGGUGAAUGAUAAAAAUGGUAAUUUCUCUACUAAGAGUGCUUGGGAUUGUAUCCGUGUCAGAGCUCCUUCGUUACCUUGGGCCCAUUGGAUUUGGCAUCCUAACCUUCCCAAGAAAAUUUCGGUUAUGAUGUGGAAGGCCUUACAUAAUUGUCUGAGUGUGGAUGAUAAGAUCAAGAAUAUUGGCAUUCCCUUUGUUUCUAAAUGUAAUUGUUGUGCCAGGGGUCAUAUGGAAGAUUUAAACCACGUUCUUUGUAAUGGGGAUUUCGCUAGACAAAUCUGGCGUCUGGCGGCAAAUCAAUUAGGUGUUCAUAUGGGUGUCUUCCUUACGUGGAAGGAACAAAUUAAUUUUUGGUUCCGCCGUGCUGGUAAGUCUUCUCAACUUAAGAUUAUCUUCGGUAUUCUCCCUUCUAUUGUCUCUUGGAAAAUUUGGGAUAGACGUUGUAAAGCUCGGUUUGAGGAUAGAGUGGACUCGGUUCAGACGGUUUGGCAUGUUAUCAAGAUAUGGAUUCGUCAGAUUAUUUCCUUAGUUAUGAGAGUGUCAAGGAUUUCUUCCCAUGAUGUCGCUAUUUUGCAGAGAUUGGAUAUCCCGGUUUUACCUCAGAAGCCUAAACAGGUUCGUGUGGUGAGGUGGUUUAGACCGUCUCAGGGCUGGAUGAAGCUAAACUCUGAUGGUAGUAGCUUAGGGAAUCCUGGGCCGGCUGGUGCUGGGGGGGUUAUUCGGGAUUCUUUUGGUAAUCUGCAGGCUGCUUACUCGGUCUUCUUGGGUCAGGGGUCUAAUAAUUUUGCUGAGCUGAGAAGCUUGCUGGAAGGGGUCAGGAGGUGCUACCAGUUAGGUUUUCGGAGGGUGGAUAUUGAAGUGGAUUCUCAACUGAUUGUCAGCUGGGUUACUAAGGGUACUUGUAACAUCUGGUACUUAGAAGAUUUCUGGGAGGAGUUGCAGGGUCUUUUGGGCUGUCUGGAGUACCGUUUGACUCAUGUCUUUCGUGAAGGUAAUGCGGUGGCUGACUACUUAGCUAAACGGGGAGCUGAGGGAUUAAACUGUGAUUGGUCUUUUAAUGAUGCUCUUCCCAGCCAGCUUCGUGGUCUUCUCCGUUUGGACAAAAUUGGCAUUCCUUAUUUGCGUAUCUCGUAG